AACUCAACCUGUACACACUCACGAGUAACUCAACCUGUACACACUCACGAGUAACUCAACCUGUACACACUCACGAGUAACUGUACACACUCACGAGUAACUCGACCUGUACACACUCACGAGUAACUCAACCUGUAUACACUCACGAGUAACUCAACCUGUACACACUCACGAGUAACUCAACCUGUACACACUCACGAGUAACUCGACCUGUACACACUCACGAGUAACUCGACCUGUACACACUCACCAGUGAUUGAAGCUGUACACGAGUGCAUAAAGCUGUACACGCAAGUGAAUGAAGCUGUACACACGAGUGACUCAAGCGGUGCACACUAACGAGUGAUUGAAGCUAUACAUACCAACCAGUGAUUGAAGCUAUACAUACCAACCAGUGACUGAAGCUAUACAUACCAACCAGUGACUGAAGCUAUACAUACCAACCAGUGACUGAAGCUAUACAUACCAGUGAUUGAAGCUAUACAUACCAGUGAUUGAAGCUAUACAUUCCAGUGAUUGAAGCUAUACAUACUCACCAGUGACAAGCUAUACUCACCAGUGACUGAAGCUAUACAUACCAGUGACUGAAGUUAUACAUACUCACCAGUGACAAGCUAUACUCACCAGUGACUGAAGCUAUACAUACCAGUGACUGAAGCUAUACAUACUCACCAGUGACUGAAGCUAUACAUACUCACCAGUGACUGAAGCUAUACAUACCAGUGACUGAAGCUAUACAUACUCACCAGUGACUGAAGCUAUACAUACUCACCAGUGACUGAAGCUAUACAUACCAGUGACUAAAGUUAUACAUACUCACCAGUGACGAGCUAUACAUACUCACCAGUGACUGAAGUUAUACAUACUCACCAGUGACUGGACCUAUACAUACUCACCAGUGACUGGAGCUAUACAUACUCACCAGUGACUGAAGUUAUACAUACUCACCAGUGACUGGAGCUAUACAUACUCACCAGUGACUGGAGCUAUACAUACUCACCAGUGACUGAAGUUAUACAUACUCACCAGUGACUAAAGUUAUACAUACUCACCAGUGACUGGAGCUAUACAUACUCACCAGUGACUGAAGUUAUACAUACUCACCAGUGACUGGAGCUAUACAUACUCACCAGUGACUGAAGUUAUACAUACUCACCAGUGACUGAAGUUAUACAUACUCACCAGUGACUGGAGCUAUACAUACUCACCAGUGACUGAAGUUAUACAUACUCACCAGUGAGUAAAACUACACAUUCUCAAGAGUACCUAGAUAUACUCCAUACUCAAUGUUUUAACUUGACCAAAGUGACCUGGUCUCUCAGCAGUACAUGAGCGAUUAUCGUCUUCCUGGAAGUGGGUGAAGAUGGAUGUGUGUGUAGUUGCGAGGUUUGGGUUGUUACUGCUGGCGUGUACUGCUGUCACUUACCAAGCUACUAUAGGAGACGGGAGAGUAAGCUUGUAUACAGGACGCCCCGUCAAUGGCUCUGAUGGGCGAGGAUCGUGUAAGGUGGACGGAGUGUCCUAUCCCAGCGAGACUGCCAUCCCUCGCGACCAUCCCUGCCACUACUGCAUUUGUUACCAGGGUCAGAAGGAAAGGAGGAUUAACUCCCAUUCCGUGGAUGGAGAACUCAGACUGACCCUUGUGACUCUUGGCUCUCAGAUCACCUGCUACUGGAAGCAGUGCGCAGCUGCGCCCAGGGACUGCGCUAUCAUGCACUUCGAUAACGUGUGUAAUCCUUCGCUAUACAUGUGCAGUGAGUACACCAACUCUCUUAUGUUACACGAUCUUUACGUUCAACUCAAACAUUGAGGACCGUGGUUCGAU